UUGAUUCAAAUUAUAAGAAGAUAUAUUCGGCAAAAUGACAGCUGAUAUCCCAUCACAAGAAAUUGGUACUCCUAUUCCUCAAAAUGUUUCUCAUGCUGUCUCUGUCACUUUACCUACUUGGGAAGCCACUGUUGGUUAUGAAGAAGGUGAGUCUUGGGUUACAAGUAAAAUGAAUUCUGGUUAUCCAAGAUUCUUCAUUCAUAGUAAAAUUGGUGAACUUUCGAAAAAUGUGGAAUCCAAAUAUGGUAGAGAUGGUGAAAAAUCCAUUAUCUUUCCAUCAUAUAAAGUAGCCAAAAGAUGUCGUGAAUUUAUAAAGUUAAGAUCAAAAAAGCCAGUUAGAAUCUUGCAAUUAAGCACUCCUCCUCCAUCAAAUGAUUUUGAAAAAUCGUCUGUUAUACAAUCGACCAUCGGUGUUGUAUUUUUCUCUGAAGAAGAUUUCCCAAUAGCCAAACAAUAUUGGCAACAUUCGGGUGAAGGUAUAAGUUCACGAAUGGCCGAGUAUGUAUUGCGUGAAUUGUUCGAGAAUGAAAAGAAAGACAAGGAUAGAUUUAGAAGUAGAACUAAACAAGAGUUGCAAGCAGAAAGAAUUCAGAAGAAAUCGCCCUCGAUUUCAGCAUCUUUUAGAUCAUCUAGUCUUUCUCAAAAUGAAGAAGUUGAAAAAGAAUUCAAUACCUUUAUCGAGCAAAAAUAUGGAAGAGUUUUGGAUUUGAAAUUUGCAAAAGAAGCCAAACGUGCUUUGAAGAGAAGAAUUUGUGGGAAAGUAGAUAAAUCAAAAAACCAAGAAGAGGAAAUGGAAAAGGCUAAAAGAGGUAAAAACUUAAGUGAGAACGAUGUAUUCUUGUACCCAACAGGUAUGGCUUCGAUCUUCAAUGCCCAUCAAAUCUGUCUUGGAAUCUCAGAUACUCCUAAAAAAUCUGUUUGUUUUGGAUUUCCUUAUGUUGAUACAUUAAACAUUUUAAAGAAAUUUGGACCGGGUGUUCAUUUCUUGGGAUUCGGAGAUGAUCAAUCAUUAGAUCAAUUGGAGAAGGAUUUGAGAAGCGGAGAAAAAGAUAUAAUGGCAUUAUUUUGUGAAUGUCCGUCAAAUCCUUUAUUGAAAACUCCAAAUUUGAAAAAGAUCAGAGCUUUGGCUGAUGAAUUCAACUUCCUCGUUGUUGUUGACGAAACUGUUGGAAAUUAUUUAAAUAUCGGUGUUUUACCUUAUUCUGAUAUUGUUGUUUCUUCAUUGACCAAAGUAUUCUCUGGGGAUUCCAACGUCAUGGGUGGAUCAUUAAUUUUGAAUCCUUUAUCGCAACAUUAUAACGAAAUGAAGACAUAUUUGGAUGAUGAAUACGAAGAUCUUUUUUGGGCUGAAGAUGCAUUAUAUUUGGAAAGAAAUUCUCGUGAUUUUGAAGUAAGAUCUCAUAAAAUCAAUCAAACCUCUUUAGAUGUUGUUGAUUUAUUAGUCAACCAUCCUUUAAUAUCUCAAGUAUUCUAUCCAAGUCUCUUAGAAUCUAAAAAAUACUACGACGAGCUUAAAACUCCUCAAGGUGGUUAUGGUGGUUUAAUAUCAUUCGUCUUUCAUAAACCGGAGCAUGCCAAAAGUUUUUUCAAUCAUGUUUUAUUACACAAGGGUCCUUCUUUAGGAACUAAUUUCACAUUAGCUUGUCCUUAUGCUGUCUUAGCUCAUUAUCAAGAACUAGAAGAAGUAGAAAAAUGGGGGGUUGAUCAAAAUAUCGUUAGAAUAAGUAUUGGAUUGGAAGAGAAAGACGAAUUGCUUGCAACUAUUAAUAGUGCCUUGGAUAUUGCAGCCGCUCAAAAUUAAGUACAUAGAUAGUAGUCUCUUAUAUUAGAUACAUAUAUUAGAUACACAU